AUGAAUUUAAGUCCAAUUGAUAAUAUCAAGAAUCUAGAUUCAAUUCAAUUAGUUGAUGAAGCUGAAGCUAUUAUAAGUUCUGUUAAGAACUGGAAAAAAGACAAACAAUUUGAUUACGUACUAAAUAAACGUAAAUCUACACCAAUUUCAAUUAGGACAUUUACUAACGAUAGUUUGAAUGGUGAUUUCUGGUGUGCCAGAGUUAGUAAUUUAACGGAAUUGACUGAUAAGGUGAGGCAUACUUAUUAUGAAUCCCUAUUAAAAUAUCUUGUGGGAUCUUUAACAGAUAUAAAACAUACCCAUACUGAUUUUGAAAAGAAAUAUAUUCAUGAAAUUUAUGACUAUAAAGUAAUUCCUUAUAACUUAAUAAAUGAAUCACCUAAUCAGACAAUUUCUUAUUUAACUCAGGUUUACUAUAAAUUACCAUUUCCCUUAAGUAAAAGAGUAUUUUAUGAAUUAGUCCAUAUCUACAAAGCACAUGAUAAUCUGGUGGCGUAUAUAAUAUCGUUAGCUAUAAAUCCUAAGAAUAUUAAGGGGUCAAAGGAUGAUAGUGGAUUUACAAUUGGCCGUUAUACUUCAAUUGAAAAAAUUUCCUUUGAUGAAGACACUAAGAAAUUAAAGUGGAUUAUGGCAACUUGUUCAUCUCCAGGAGGGUUUUUACCAGAUUGGGUUACUAAACUUAGUAUUAGUGUUUUUUGA